AGGUGUCAGUGUGGAAUCGCAGAGGCAGAGCAGCAGCGGGGUUGUUGUUUCUCAUUAGCCGUUAGCAUAUGAGGCUCCUGUAAAACAUGCCGGUGUCUGUCAUGAUGUCUGAACUUGAUGAUGAAAAGCUGCUGUUGCAGUUUGAAACUCAAGAGUUGGAGGCUCCUGGUGGUAUUGCUACGCCUCAAGUGUAUUCCCAGUUACUAGUUCUGUAUCUCCUGCACAAUGACAUGAAUAAUGCCAGAUACCUUUGGAAACGGAUACCACAUGCAAUCAAAACAGCAAACCCAGAGCUGGCCGCUAUAUGGGCCGUAGGACAGCGUAUUUGGCAGCGAGACUUUCCAGGGAUCUACGCUACUAUUGCUGCUUACCAGUGGUCUGAAAGCAUUCUCCCUGUGAUGGAAGCUUUAAGAGAGUCAACGCGUAGGAGGGCAUAUGGGCUUGUAGCACAAGCUUACACCUCUAUCAGUGCAGAGGACUUUGCUGCCUUUGUGGGAUACUCUGUAGAAGAGGCAGUCAAAGGCGUAGUAAGUCAUGGUUGGCAGGCAGAUCCAAACACCAGGAUGAUCAUGCCACAGAAACCAGAUCCGCCCCCAGUCUCUCUAGUUCCAAACGAACAACAGCUGGCCAGACUUACCGACUACGUGGCUUUUCUUGAGAACUGAUAAGCUCUCCAUCCUUUUCCAUCCUAUUCCUCCCCACCUCUCAACUACUCAGUUUUAUGGAGGAAAACUCUGGUGUCCAGGACCCUUCACACACACUCUCAUCUGUCCUGCCUCAGUGAUGGAGCCACCAUAUUUCUUUUUUUCUGUUUUGCUUCUUGAACUUGUCAACCACAGUGAUGUAGGACAGUGUCCAAAUUGUUUUAAUUGUGUAA